AUGGCAAAUUUUACACAUGUCUCAGAGUUUGUUCUACUUGGAUUUAGAGGAGGUGCAGAAAUGCAGAUCAUUCUAUUUUUGAUUUUUUUGGUCCUGUAUGUUAUCUCCGUAGUGGGAAAUUUUGGCAUGAUUGUGAUUAUAAGGGUAGAUGUACACCUCCACACCCCAAUGUAUGCUUUCCUACAGAGCCUCUCCUUUUUGGAUAUUUGCUAUUCUUCUACAAUUGCACCCAGGGCUUUGGUGAACUGCCUGAAACAGGAUCAUACAGUGUCCUUUGGUGGGUGUGCUGCUCAAUUCUUUUUCUUGUCCCUCUUUGGUACCACAGAGGCUUUCCUUCUAGCUGCCAUGGCCUAUGACCGCUUUGUUGCAAUCUGUAACCCUCUUCUAUACUCAGUGAAUAUGUCACACCGUGUGUGUGGGCUGUUAGUGUCAGGGUCCUACUCAUGGGGUGUAGUGAAUGCUGUCACUCAAACAACAAUGACCUUCAGGUUGUCCUUUUGUGGGUCCAAUGAGAUCAAUGAUUUUUUCUGUGAUGUCCCUCCACUCUUGUCCCUCUCAUGUUCAGAUACCUUUAUAAACCAGUUGGUUCUUCUUGGCUUAUGUGGCUCUAUUAUUGUCAGUACCUUCCUGAUUGUUUUGGUCUCAUACAUCUAUAUCAUCUCUGCCAUCUUGAAGAUCCGCACAGUUCAGGGUCGCCAGAAAGCCUUCUCUACAUGUGCUUCUCACCUAACUGGAGUGUGCCUGUUCUUUGGUACCGUUUUCUUCAUGUAUGCACAGCCAAGUGCUGCCUCCUCUAUGGAACAGAGUAAAAUAGUGUCCAUAUUUUACACAAUUGUCAUCCCCAUGUUGAAUCCCCUCAUAUACAGCCUGAGGAACAAGGACGUCAAACAAGCUCUGAGAAGGAGCAAACAGAAGCUUUCUUUGUGA